AGCAAUCAAUCUGGUGGUUCGUACAAAAAUGCAUUCGUCGUUCAUCAAUGAUUAUUAUUAUAUAUUAUGAUAAUUCACCCAGUAACCAGGAGAUCCUCCACAGGAUAUCACGUGCCACGGGAUUUGCUUAAUUAGAUAAACACCAAUUAUGGGGGGAGCAAGUGAAGAUUAGAUCAUGUUCGUGUCAAUAUUAUGAUGCAUCGAUGAUCGCAGUUCAUCGCCCCUUGCCUGGAUAUUCCAGUCGAGAUUUUCAUUAUUUAUGGAGAACAGGGAUUGAGGGAAACUCAGAGAAACUAUUGAAUUAAUAAAUUAAAAAAAAUGUGGAGUUCAGUGACAGCCGCCGGCACGGAAAAUGGACCAGCACCUCCUUCCAGGAGUAAACACAGUGCGACGUUACUAGGAGGCCAUGUUUACCUUCUCGGGGGAAGAAAUGGAAAUCUACCCUUGAGGGAUUUAUGGAGAUAUAGCCUGGCCGAGAGUCGGUGGGAGGAAUUACAUCCCAGUGGAGAACGACCUCCAGCCCUCCAGGAGCACAGUGCAGUUUCGUAUAAAGAUUCUUUGUACGUUUUUGGUGGUGAAUUGGGAUUUUCUGCAGGAACAGAAACUCCGUUGUGGGUUUACUCAGUCAAGACGAACACUUGGCGGAAGGUUCGCGCCCAGAGAGGAUGCGCGGUACCACGAGGUCGUCGAGGUCAUACAGCCCUGGUGCACCGUGGCCAGAUGCUGGUGUACGGUGGUUACCAGGACCUACGUGGCAGUUCCUCGGAGCUCUGGUCCUUCCACUUCGAGACGGAAUCCUGGCACCUGCUGUCAUCACAAUCCGGUGAUAGCGGUCCAGCCCCACGUCACAAGCACUCAGCAGUUUUGCACUGUGAUGCGAUGUACAUCUACGGUGGAAUGACAGAUCUGCAGGAGCGAAAUGACUGUUGGCGGUGGGAUGUGAACGCGAGUUGCUGGUGGCCCCUGAGGAGUAAACAGGGACCUGGUCCCCUUCACGGACAUGCAGCAUGUCGUUUACCAAGUUGCAUGCUGAUCUUUGGAGGUGAGAGUGGAGGUCUGGCGACAAAUGAACUGUGGAGCUAUCACUUUGGCACAGAAACCUGGGGGCGUCUUCUGGUACCGGGACCAAAGCCCCAGCCACGAGCUGAGAGUGUCGCCCUGGCUGUCUCAGAGCUCGUGAUACGGGGAAAUGGCAUGCAGGAGACUCGUUGCAAGACCACGAGAAAGCCACGAUUUUCCCUGGCAGGUAUCGCUAAUACUGGUGUCGACGACUGCCAAACUCCAGGGACAAUCGGCACCAGCACACGACCGAGCUUCCUCAGGGAGAUCUCUAAGCUCUCCCAGAUCAAUCUCUCACGUCUUCAUCCGAACAAAUGCAGCUACUCAGUGCUGAGUGGACAGGAGGACCACGAGGAUGAGCACAGCCAGCCCCAGGAGGCCAACUCGUAUUAUCCAUUUCAACAGGUCGACGCAGAACUCGCUGAGACGAGCCUCAACAGUCGAAUGGUCAAGUCUCGGAGUGCCAAUGCAUUGGCCAGGAGACGACAGAAAAAUUUUGCCAAUAAUCCAAGCUCUUCGUUCAAUGAUUCCUACGAGCCACCGGCCCGGACCACGAGAAUGACCAGAGAGCCAAUAUCAGUGCCAAAUUUUCGAGCCCUGACACUUCCAACUCCAGUGCUCACACCGGUAGAAGCUGCAAGACUAGUCUUCGUGGAUCCUGACGAGGACAGCGAGAACGAGGGACGACAGGAGUCGAGGAAGGAUGUGAGGCUCAUCGAUGUCGAAGAGGAGCGAGGUGACUUUGAGAGUCUUCAUCAGGCGUGCCAGCCCACCCGGGGGGAGAGCUACAGCUCCCAUUUGUACGAGGCAGUGCACAGCCCCAAAACCCCAACAACGAGACUUCCAACUUCCGCCUCCGUUCGCUUCGCCGAUCUCGAAGAGGGUGAGGAGUCAACCUCAGAUUAUGCAAGUAUCGAGGCCAGAAGUCCCGGGGAUCCCCUCGACGACUUGUGUCUCGAUAAACACGACUCCAGGAAGAGGGGGAGUAAACAUCGGGCACCCACGAUACGUGAGGGACAAUUUGGCUUCUGCAAUCCGAAUUAUCUUGGAUUGGAGACCACUGAGGACUCGAAAUUCGCGAGAAUUCUUAAUAGUCCUCCGGACAGUGUUUUGGAGGACGCACCAGGCCGCUCGGCCUCGCAGACUUUUACGGAACUCCUGGAGCUCCAGGAGAUGAAGCAACCCAGGGCACCACCCAAGAGCCUUCCCCUGGGCUCCACUUCGCCCUCCAGGAGGGCUCUCAGUGCUUCACGCGCUGAAAGACAAAAAGCCAAACUUGCUGCUAGCCAGGCACCACCAACACCAGCUCCUCUCUAUGUUUUUCUUAUCGGAGGUAGGGAGAAGGGACAGGUUACAGUUUUUGCGAGACCCGUGUCUCUCUGGAAACUACAGCUCGCUGAUAAUAUUUUUUAAGUGUAUCUGGAGUUUAGGUGAUUAUUCCCCCUUUUUUUAUUUAAACGUUAAAUUGUCUGGAGUCGGAAUUUUGUCUCUGCCAUUUUAUGUGUUUAUUGUCGAUAAGUAAAAUAGGAAUUUCAAUGAAAUUUCAAUGAAAUUUCAAUGAAUUUAUAAAUUUUUGAGCAGCUGUUGAAGUUUUCACUUAAACUUUCAGUGAAUUUUCUUACGUGAAAUAUCUUGACCUUUGAUGAUGACUUUAGAGGGAUUAGUUAUCGGAUUCAAAGAUUUGUAUGAAUGAAUGCCGAGGGGCCGAAUAUUUCGUGUCUAGUUGCAAUUUGUAUACUAAUGACCUGAAAGAGGUGAACAUUGGGAACAUUCUUCAGUAUUUUAUAGUGCAUCCGUUGUUUAAUUGAACGGGGCCGGUGUCAUGACCGGGCCAGUAUCGCUCUCAAUUUGAAAUCAUUAAAAUGAAAAAGUCUCUGAAACUUUGAAAAUACUUGCAGGUUCAAACGAUAUUAAAAGCCCAAAAAAAUAAAAUGAGUGAGUGAUGACUAGUAUUUUAUCCGUAGAUGCCAAAUACAUGAUGAAAUCAUAUUUUCAAAGAGAGCAGUUUCAUGAAGAGGGCAAAUAGCAUGAACUGCGGGAUCACGGUGUAUUGAGAAUAAGUAUUAUAUUUAAAUGUAAUCAUCAUAUUAUAGACGUGUACUCAAAUACCGUGCGAUGGAGAUAUAUAAAAGUCUUGUACCUACUGCAUUCGUUGACGUGUACACAUUGGGAUUACUAUAAUUACGAAUUUUUAUAUAACUGAUUACUUUCGAUGAUUGUGAGACACAGGAUUGUAACAGACAUCGAGUUCAUAUUGAACUUUGUAGCUCGGUAUUAAUUCGAGUGAUGGAUCUGAAGAAUUCGUGAAAUCUCGUAGAGCAGAAUUCAAAAUAUAAUUGACGAGUGAAAAUUGAAUGGAAAUCAAGGGUAUCAGCUAGAUAAUUUCUAUAAUUCUCAAAAUUCUUCAAUUCGGAAAAUGAAAAGGCUGCACUGUUAGGAAAAAAAUUAAUUUCAUUGUAUUCAAUAGAAUUCUCUAUUUUUUAACAACAGGCAAUUUUUUAAUGAACAUUUUACUGAAUUAGAUUGGGUCUUGAGAUUAAAUUGGAAAUUGCAAAAUGUAUUUCACAGGAAUCAUUAUGAUUAUGGGGUUUUGGUUGAUUUUGUUUCGAUCUAAUGAAUCUAACAGGGUAGAGAUUGCAGAGAAAAUAUACGUAUUGGUGUGCCACAACUCUGAACAGGAGUUUGCUCAAUGAUUUCUUGACUGGAUUAUUAAUUAACGCUGAUUGAUGCGUGAUAUGAUAUUCAAAAGUAUUGGGAUAUGAAGAGAAUGAUAACGUCCAAAGUAUGUGCAAUGGGGUGGAAUAUCCUGCCAUUUUAAGGGUUUACUAUUCAUAUUUAUUAGUAAUAGCGUGACUAUUUGUUUCGUUAGUGAUAUUUUCAGAGCCUCCGAGGGCUUCUAACAGUGGAAUCCAUCCCGAAAGGUGAUUUAUUUGAGAUCAUUAGGUCAUUAUAAAAAGCUCAAAACACAUUGUUGUAUUAUCACUAUUGCUGUUACAUCUAGGAAUUUCUGAAAUUCGUUGCACGUUUUUUUUUCUUGUUUUUAGGAAUUACAAAUUUGGAUUUUUUUGGAGUUUUAGGCGCGAAAUAUGUACGAUGUAAUUGCUAAUUGAUUAUUUUUUAUUUAAUGUGAAGUUCGACAUAUCACGGAAGGUAUGAAUUGUUUAUUUGUUCAAAUGUUAUUAUUACGAUUAAAAAUCAGUACGACAGCCUAUUAUGUUUCAUUUGGAUGAGCAAGUGAAGUGGAGACAGAGAAUCAGUGUUUUCCAUUCUGUACAUUAUCUUCAUACUCUAUUUGGAAUGAAACAGGAAAAAGUAUAAACAUGUCUGUACAAAAUAGUGUGAAAUAAAUGUUCGUAGGUAAAUAGCUAUGACUC